AUGAAGGAGGCAGAGUUGAAUGGAGAUGUGGCUCGAUUCUGCAAAGACAACCAGUAUGUCUCCCUACAGCCCGGAGGGCGGGACCCUAUACCAACUGUUCCCGUGGCUUCCAGGAUGUUGAGGCUUGUCCAGGCCUUCUUGACACUCAUGGCUGUGUUCUUCUCUCUCCUGGCUCUUUUUCUAGUGGAUCAUCCCCGCUCUGGAAGCAUGGCAGAAAAGCAAGAGGCUGCCCAGAGGGUUAGGGACUAUGUUGAGAAUUCUAACACGUGGUACGAGGAGAUACAGAUGCUGAAGUACCGAGUGGAGAACGUUAGUUCUCAGGUCCAGUUGCUCGGGGACCACCUGGAGGAUGCCAGUGCUGACAUCCAGCAGGCAAAAGGUGUGCUGAAGGACUCAGGUUCCUUGGCUUUGGAGACCCAGGCACUGAGAAUCUCCUUGGAGUCGGCCAGUGCUGAUAUCCACAGUCUGAGAGGAGAUUUUGAAAAGGCAAAUGCUAUGACUUCCCAGACCCAAGGUCUCUUAAAGAGCAGCACAGAAAACACCAGUGCUGAUCUCCACAUCCUGGGCAAAGGUCUGGAGGAAGCCCAGACUGAAAUCCAGGCCUUGAGGAGAAGUCUGCAGAGUUUCAAUGACCUCAGCUCCCACACCCAGAUCUUUCUCCAGCAUAGUGUGGACAACACUAGUGCUGAGAUCCAGGCCAUUAGAGAUCAUCUGGAGAGGGCUGGUGAUGAAAUGAGUUUAUUAAGGAAAGACCUGCAAACAGUCACUGCCCAGACACAAAAGGCGAACGGCCACCUGGAGCAGACAGAUGCCCAGAUCCAGGUGUUAAAAGCUGAGCUGAAAAGCACCAGUUCCUUUACCUCCCACAUCGAGGCUGUCAGUGAUCAGCUGAAGGACACCAGCAAAGAGUUACAGACCCUUAGAGGAGAAAUGGCGGAUGUUGCAGAUCUGAAAUCCAAGAUCCAGAUGCUACAGAGCAAUCUGCAGAAGGCCAAGGCAGACUUGCAGAGUUUGAAAACAGAUCUGGAGGCUACCAAAACUCUCACUGCCAAGAUACAGGGGGAACAGAGUCGCCUAGGAGGCCUGCAGGAAGCUGUGGGUUCACAGGAGCAGGUGCAGAGAACUCAGAAUCAGCUUCUCCAGCUGAUCCUGCAGGGCUGGAUGGUCUUCCGUGGAAGCUUGUAUUACUUUUCUCAUGAGAAGAAGUCAUGGCAUGAGGCGGAAAAUUUCUGCAUGUCCCAAGGAGCGCACCUGGCAUCAGUGACUUCUCAGGAAGAGAAGGAAUUCCUGGCAAAGUUCACAAGUAACGAGUACCAUUGGAUCGGGCUCACUGACCAUGGCAUUGAGGGCGACUGGCGCUGGGUGGAUGGAACACCAUUUAACCAAUACCAGAGCAAUGGGUUUUGGGGAAAAAAUCAGCCCGACAACUGGAGACAUCCGAAUGGGGAGUUUGAAGACUGUGUCCACAUGAAGCAAACGUGGAAUGACAUGAUCUGUGGGGCUGCCUACCCCUGGGUGUGCGAGAAGUCCACAGGUCAGGCUGUGGCCUGA